GAAGAUGUCCGGAUGGCAGCCAGGAACAUUUCUACUUGUCACCGUGCGCGUCAUGACUUGUUUUACAGGAGACACAUUAAUGGUGCGGGUUGGGCCGAACGAGAACUUCACCCAGAAUCACCAAUGUGGACAGACUUACGACGCUGGCUCAGCGUUAGCGUUGGUCCCGAAUAUAGAAGCGGACUGCGACCCGCCAAUGUACGGCCGUUACGUGUCGGUACAGGCAAUACCACCAUUGGGCGUGAACACAACCGGUUUGGUACUGUGCGAGGUCGAGGUUUAUGUUACAGGUUUCUGCUGUGACCACACCAUAGGAAUCCUUAACGGCCAGAUCACUGCUAUCGACGGCUACUGCUCUGGGAACGACAUCCAGUUCUCUUGCGACCCUGGAUACGAGCUCGCGGGCAGGUCCAGUGCCACGUGCCAAACGGACGGGAGUUGGGACGGGGAAAUUCCGACUUGCCAACGUGAGAUAGUUAAUGGUUAAUG